AUGCUGAGUUUUCGGGUGAGGAGCGUGGGAAAUCCGCGUGUGACUCGGAAAGAGUUCCGAGAUGGUGUGAGUCUGUUUCUGAGAAAUCACAUUUGGCGCACGGCCACGCAUGCAGCUCAGUUUUGCAUGCAGUCCACUCUCGCCCUCGCUCGCUUUGUCUAUCUUGCCGUCUCACCUCGACCUCACUGUCGUGUCAAAAUGUCUUACACACCAUCAGCGCUCAGCGCAACGCAAACAGCCACCGAAGCAGCGACCAAAUUCUCCACCGGUCUGUCGCACAAACUCUCUGGCAACACCGCCUUCUCUUCGGGCGACAUCACCGGUGCGCUGUCACACUACCAUCAUGCCAUCCUCUACUUUUCCGGGCUCGAGCAUCGAUCUGUGCUCGGACUUGUCGGUGAGAAUUCCGGCCAACACGGGAAACCAGAAGAUCUUUCUUCCGACGAGGAAGACGCUGACCAAAAACCAGAUGUAUUCGCGAAAAGUCAAAAGGAAUUGUCGUUGGUAUACAGCAACAUGGCAGCAUGCUACCUGAAGCAGCAAAAGUGGGAUAGGGCGGUGGAGAGCGCGGAAAAGGCGUUGAAGAGCGACUCAGGAAAUGUAAAGGCGAGGUUUAGGAAGGGUAAGGCGUUGAGGGGCAGGGGCGAUGUGUAUGCUGCGCAGAGGUGGGGGAAAGAAUGUGUGGACAAGCUGAAGGGCAAGGAGGGCGUGGUAGAGUUUGAGAGGGAGUUGAGGGAGGUGGAAGCGGUGAUCGAGGAGAAGGAGAAAGCGGACAGGGGGAAGUGGAAGGGGUUCUUGGAUAAGAAUCCCAAGCGUUCAAACGGCAGCAGCAUCGGCAUCCACUUCCGGCACCCAGACACAAAGAGUUCGAUUCAGAGGCGCGAAGAAAGGAUGGCUAAAAAGCGAUCUGCACCAACCGCAGCGGCGCAAGGGGCCAGUCCGCGCGCUUCCAAGACGAGCAAGAGUGAGAUUGACGAUAUCUUCGGCGGUAGCAGCUCUUCCUCUGCACCAGCUGGUACGGCGGACACACGAAAGGAAUCGAGACCUAGCAAGAAACAGCGCACUGCCACGGAUGACGCUGAGAAACCCUCCACAAAACGCGAGCCCUCCUCCUCAUCGAGCACGAAACCGCAAAAGAAGUCGAGACCGGUUCAGGUCGUCACAGAUACCUCUUCCUCUUCCACCGCUACUACCACCACCGCGAAACCAAAAAAGACUGCUCCAGCGAAGAAUGCGGACAUAGAUUCGUUCACAGACAGCCGUGGCAUCUCCGGCGAUCGCAAACGCACCGAAGAGGGUUACAAGAUCUACACGGUUGCAGAGCUCGGGUUGAGAGAAGACGAUGAGGGCGGGGAUACGCCAGAUUGCCCGUUCGAUUGUCAGUGCUGUAAGUACAACUCUCGAGACUGGGCCCAGAGAGACAUCGAGAUCGAUUACUAA